AUGCUCGUGCUUUCUACCCUGCAUAAUCUCCUUGAGCAGGUCCUGGACCCACCCGGCCUGCACACCGCCGUACUCCUUACCCCGGAAGGCCAGCUCGUUUCUUUCGCAUCACACCCUGCUCGUUCGAAGGAUAGAAUACGAGUGAUCGUCGGGCUCAGCGCUUCGUUAUGGCACGAGACCAAGGCGAAGGGCAUUGGCAUGGUUGAGAGCGAGUAUGGCCGUAUUCUUGUGCUCCCGUUGGAGAACGAGCAGCACAUCGACGCGGAUGUUGGCCAGCAGACGGCGGCCGAGCCAGUCAUGCUGCUGGCGUUGAACGGGACGGUCAGCGCGAGUUGGGACGAGCUUCGUGAAAAGGCGCAAGCCCUCGCGAAUCAUCUGUCGAAACCGAUUGGUCAACUACACGGUCGGCUCGUCCACCUUCCGGCACCGACUCCAAGUCAGACGCGCUCACCGAGAAGACAAGUGCAGCGAUAA